CGAGUAGAGAUGCCAUAGCUUUAAUAGUCAAUCCCAGUACCUAUCAGUGCGUAUCACAUAUAUUUUAAUGCAUCUAAAGAGAAAAUUACGAUGAAUUGAGGACUUCCAUAUCAUCAUGUUGUGAUGAUUCUAAUUUCCGGAGUAAGCAGACUUCUAGAAUUACCAGGAACAUGAAGUACCACCUGAACCUAUAGAAAUCGGAAGCAUACGCAGCAAUGAGAGUGUCUGCUUAUGAAGAUAUGUGCAGAGUCGAUCUUACUAGGAAAACAAUGGGGCAUCAAUAAAACAGCCACUUAGACAAGACUGAAAGCAUCACUCAAAACGUUUUUGGAAUAAAUCGAUUUUCCAUGCAUUAAUUCCUAACUUUACCCUUGGUGCGACAGGAAUUACAAAUUAGACAAGAUUGCUUCUACAGCUAAUUGCUACCGGUCUGCUGGCAUCGAGAGAACAUACGGUGCAAGGUUGUAAGAUGUAAAAUGCCAAUCAGGAAGGAAGAACAUCCUAGAAAAUCUCAUUUUGUAAGAUGAUAAGCUGGUGCAAUAUCCUGCAUAAUAACAUUCAAAUAUUUGUGAGCCUCUAUUGGUUUGGCUUAAAAACAUUAUCUCUAUGCAGAGCUGCUGUGUAGCAUAAGGAACAUAAGUGAUGGAAUAGCUUAUGACACGCUAAUAUGCAGUUUUAAUGAUAAAGCAAUGUAUGUGCAACAGCGAAUUUACGGAAAACAAUGAGUCAAUCAAUGUGGCAAACGUGAAAUCGUUUUAUUCAUUAGGCUACGUGUCUCUCUGUCAUAUAUUGCUCGCAAAGCAAAGUCAACGUGACUCGUGACAUUAAUGAUGAAAAGGAAAUAUGCUGAAAGGAACUUGAAAAUAUAUAACAGGAAUUCUAUUAAAAGUAUGUUCUUGAGUAGGGUUAAAUAAGCGUCUGUUGUUUCAAUGCAAUACAGGGAAUUAAUACCGAGUAUGCAUUGGAACUUAGGCUGAUAUCUGAUAGACUAAAUGCAUUAAUAGUGGAUGAUGUGGUCGAUGGUCUCUGGGGAUGAAGUCAAGCAAAGACUGCAGUAAUAUGUUCAAGUCAUGAUGUAUCACAAUCGGCGUAUUGAUUCAGUACCUGCUUGCUAUAAUACGUGAAUAAUAUAUGCAGAUUUGUGACAUAUAAAACCACUGGCGAUGUCGAAUAGAGCAGCAGCAUUAGCAGGGACCCUUCCUGAUCACAGGAGUAGGAGUUCCCUUAAUUCAUCAAACAUGGGAGGAACGGUCCCGAAAGUCAGCUCAUGUAGGCCUCUGCACGAAGGAUACAAAGUUAUUGUUCAAUAUGUUGCCCCUGGUAUAGAUCACAGACAUUUAGUGUACGAGGGAGAACCACCGCCAAAACCAUAUAUUGCCAAUUUAGACAGUCCAUGCCCCUCUUGUUCUUCGGUUACCACAAAUAAUUCCUAUUUGAGAACCAACACGUCGGAUUAUAGCAGCAGUAUUAUUAGUGGACGUAGUAGUGUACUUGGAACCAGGGAAAGCAUUGGAAGCACUAGAAGCUCCAGGACAUUGCAAAACGACCCUUCCACGGUUUCCUCUACGCCUAAUGCUACUGCUGAAUCGCUUACUCACUCCACAGUAUUGAAACCAAACGGCUCAAAUAUCAGUAUAAAUGCAGCAAAUGAUAUCGCAUCAGCGGAGACGUCUCCAAGGCAUGAUGUUAAAAAAGGACACAAACUCAGUGCGUCGCUUCAAGGAGGAUUAAAUUCAACUCCUACAAGUCCUAGUCUACGGCGUAGUUCUGAUGAUAAAUGCAGCGAGCGAAGGUAUUCUUCUUUACCUAGACCUAUACCUGCCCAUUCACGGAUUGGGACCAAUCAGUCGAAUGACUCGGGUAGUCAUUCAGACUCGGAGAUACACGACGACCCACUGUUAAAAGCAGACACUGGGAUGAAUGGUGGCUUGAGAAAUAAACUGUUUAAUGUGUUUCUAGGUGGUCACUCACGACGCUCAUCAACUGAAGGCUCACGCUCAUCGUUAUCAUCAGCGUCUAGUGAUCAAUCACAUGACAACGAACCUGAUAUUACUCAAAUUGUACAGGAGUCUGAAGAGUAUCUCAAAGAUGAGGUUUUCAACCAAAUUCAACAACUAACAAAGGAUAUUGAAGAAGUUGGGAGUAAAGAUAUUCUAGUCAGUCCAAAAACGGAAGUUCCCAAAGACAAUAAGUUACCUGAAAAGGAAACAUAUGACAAUGUAAUUGUGGAUGAGUCACAAAACUCAUGUUCCAAAGAACAUUCUAGCAGUGGGUUGAAGCUACCAACUGUGAAUGUGGAUACAACCAUGUUACAUAAUGAGGUUGAUAAUCCACAACCCGAUGCCCUGCCUAGUAACAAUGACUCUGGUCUUUCACAAGAUGCCUCUACGCAGGAUGAAGGUGAUAAAACACCCAUUAAUGAACUUGUCUUUCCUGAAAUUGAUGACACGCCGAAACCAGAAGAGAGUUCAUCUUUACACAGAGACAUUUCUGAAACUGAACUGUACAAUAAAGUUUCAGAAGAUCAACCAAAGCCCAAAAAGAAAAAGAAGAUUAAAUUCAAACAGAAGCCAGUUGUAUUAUUAUUCGGAUGGCUUAAUGCUCCUGACAGGGCAUUGAUCAAAUAUUGCAAUCUUUACCAUGAGAGGGGCCAUGAUGUGAUUAUAAUCAAAGGUGCAAUCAACCAGUUUUUAUUACCCUCAGUUGCCAGAACAACUGCAAGGCAUCUUCUUACGUAUGUUGCUAAGAGACUGUCAAAGAACCAACCACUAAUGGUACAUGCCUUCUCCAUAGGCGCAUACCUCUUCACCGUGUGUAUGAUUGAACUGAAGGAGAAUACCAAACGCUAUGGAAGAUUGUUACGUCACAGGUUUGUAGGACAAGUAUUUGACUCUAUUGUAAUAGGGGGAACCGAGAGGAUGGUAAGAGCCGGUUCGAUAGCUGCCUCUGAUAGCUACCUAGGUAGACUGUUGGUGAGACUUAUAUUUCGGUCAUAUCUCAGCCUCACGAGCAAAUACACAUUAGAGUUCUUCGACCAGGCGGUGGAGGUUUUCAAGAGUAAUUACCUUAACCAGCCAACUCUAAUCUUCUAUUCUUUGGAUGACCCGAUGAGUUGCCCUCAAGCCAUACAGGAACUGAUAGACCUUUGGAAGAAAAAUGGGUUCGAGGUUCAGGCCAAGUAUUGGCCUUCUUCCCCGCAUGCUGCCCAUCUGCAGGCAUACCCCGAACAAUAUAAGAUCAUUCUGGAAGCCUUUAUGAUCAGCAAGUUGGAAGUGUGAUCCGUUUAUUACCAAAGCUCUUGCUUUGGAUGUCACGUCAUCUAUUCGUAAUUUCGAGGCCUCAUAUGCUGUUACAGGGGCUUCUUACUCGAAGAUCAGAGAUGAAAUAGAGAUACAUUUAUUCAAUUCUUUGACAAUGUAUGAAGUCCAUAUACCAUAUUGGCGUGAAGGAAUGCAUUACGUUUCUGUAUGUGCAUCAUGUUGACCAACAGUGGUCUAUAUUUCGUAAAAUUUUAUAUUGUUACUCGUAGUUAAGAAUUAAACUUUCAUUAUUGUUUUAGAUAUUUCUAGGAUUCUAGCAAAUUUUAACUGUUAAAAUAUGAAAUGUUAAUUUGUGUUUUGAUUCUAAUAAACCAAAGAUCUAACAUUAUAGCAUAUAAUAUAUUAUGUAAAAUAUAUUUACAAAUGUUACAUGGAAUAUCCCAUUUA